AUUUCUUCAUAAAAGUCUAAAAACGGCCACUGAGGACCUAAAGAAAUACUUUUUUAACCACAAGGUGGCGCCCCAUGAUUGGAUUACAGCCUUCUCUUUGCUUUGCUGGCAGUAUUAACUGAGUGGCCUAAACAGGUCUUACUAAGUUACUAAUCAGUCAUUUGCUCAUUUAAUUUUUUAAAAACAACCACAUAUCUUUCACAGUAUUAAAAAAAAGUGGUCAGCUAGCAUUCCAGCUAUGUGCUAUUAGCUAAUCACAACCAACGUGCGUUUAACAAUCAAUAUGUUGCAGUAAAUGAAAAAACAAAAUACAAAACUCUCAGCCAGUCUUAUCUUAUCUAAAUGUGUGUGCGUUUGUUUAAUACCAACAGCUGCUUCGCCUGUCUGGUCAGAUAUUUUUAGGGAUGACAAGCAGAGAGGAAACCCGAACACAAGGACAACGCAGCACAAGCUAUCAGUACACACAAAAAGACCCUCUCUUGAUGAACAGUUUGACUUACAGAUUGCUUCUUCCUCUUAUGAGUUCAGCGUGGAUUGUUGUGGUUUGUGUGGCGAUGGUGGCCAGACUGGGUUUCUCUCAGAUAGAUUUGGCUGAGCAGAACAGCAGGGAACCUUGCGCCCGCUGGAUGAGGGGUGUUUCUGGCACGCCGGGGUUUGGUGGCAUCCCUGGACGAGACGGACGUGAUGGACGUGAGGGGGAGAAGGGAGAUAAUGGAGAGCCAGGCCCCAAAGGACCAACCGGCGAGCCAGGUAAACCAGGAGAUGAAGGAUUUCCAGGCAAAAGAGGAUUUCCUGGAAACCCAGGCCUGAAAGGAGAAAGUGGAGAGGCUUCCUUCCCCUACCACUCAGCUUUUAGCAUGGGACUCACAGAUAAAGUCAGCCCUGCCAGUGGAUCUCCCAUCCGCUUCACCAAAACCUUCUACAAUGAACAACAUCACUACGAUGACAUCUCCGGAAAGUUUCGCUGCGCCAUUCCUGGGAUCUACUACUUCACAUAUCACCUCACCAUCAAUGGCAAGGAGACCAAGGUAGCAAUAUUUCGAAAUGGCCGAACUGUGGCCUUCACUCUUGACCAGUUCCACAGCGGAAAUCUGGAUCAGGCCUCAGGAGGGGUGAUUUUGAAUCUGUCUUCUGGAGAUGAGGUUUGGCUUCAGUUGUAUGAUGACAUAUUUGAUGAAGGGAUUUAUGUCGAUUAUAACAACGACUCCACCUUUUCUGGCUUCCUUUUGACGCCUAAAGUUUUAAGCAACUCAUUUGACAACCGCAAACGCUAAAAUGUCUUUAUCACUUAAGCUCACUGUACUGAUUAUUGCUGUGUGUUUUAAGAUCUAGAGGCCAGAUAUGUUCACAGAGUGUCUGACUACACAUCAGGCCAAUUGGCUUCCUCUCUGUAGGCUACUUUUAAGAUAUUUUAAUCAUUGUUCAAGGUCAGUUCAUACCAUCAUAUGUGCUGAGACAUGACCUUGUAAUUAUAUUUAUGUUAUAAAUUAGAUCAUGUUUGGAGUGCAGCAGCAAUAGGCGAAAGAUUUUAAUGAAGCAAAAUAUCAUCACAGCUGUUAGGAAGUAUGAUUCAUUAUUGUUUAUUAAAAAUAUUCUCAGGCUAAUUGAGACAUCUGUGUCACAACUUGGAAUAUUCUAUAAUUUGAAGAAACUAUUCAUUGUGAAGAGUUUUCACGUCUCUCUAAACUCCAGAGACAGUUAACAGGAAUCCUGCAAAUUAAAUGUCACGUAACUGACACAAAGUUUGAGUUGUUAAAGUUUGUGAAAGCAGUAUAUGACAUGUACUGAUGGGGUGCUUGUUAUUAAAUAUUUGUAUGCUAA